CUCGCCUUGCCAUCUCCUUGAUUCACUCAUUUUUUCUUUCAGGUAGCGAAAAGCAUUAUGCGUUUGUCGACCGUUGGAUCUCGCUCCAAGCUCUGCAUACUAGCUUCCUAAUCUUGAGAUCACAGAGGGAAAAUGUCCGAUUCCUCUGAUUCAGGAUCUCCAGGCAUCGUUCACGAAUUCCCACGCGAUCGAAUUGAACUUCACCAGCAAAAUGGCGCGGCGGCAUAUCCGCCAACCUCGUACAUACCCCCAGCUUACUUGCCUGGAGGGCGACGAUCUCUCUCAGGCAUCUCUAUCCGGGCGUUUGCACUAGGAAUCGCAGUGGGAUCUUGCCUACUCCUAACGAUAGAAUUGCUCUAUUGGGGCUACGGUCUAUGGAGGGCGCCAUGUUUCGUAGCCAUCCUCGCACUGUUUCACUAUCUGGAAUUCGAUAUGACAGCCAGGUACAACCCUCCUGACGCUUCGAUCUCGUCCUAUCUGUUGCUGUCCAAUGGAAUGGCCUAUGCAGCGGCUCAUACGGCUGCGAUGCUGGAACUGCUUACCCGACACUGGCUUCAGUCGGACUACAAGCCCCAAUGGCUGACUCUCCCUUUCCAUGCGCCCUCCGUCUUUCCAACAAUACCGGCUACCCUGACCGUUGGUAUUGGUUUGGCAUCGGUGGUAGUCGGUCAGCUUGUUAGAAGUGCUGCCAUGCGAGAAGCAAAGACCAGCUUCAACCACAUCGUGCAGUGGACCAAGCGGGCAGACCAUGUCCUGGUGACAGACGGUGUCUACAGCUUUUCUCGACAUCCCGCCUACUUUGGCUUUUUCUGGUGGGGACUCGGGACGCAGGUACUGCUUGGGAACUGCACUUGCUUUGUUGCAUAUGCAGUUGUGCUGUGGAAAUUCUUCAGUACCCGAAUCAGGCAUGAAGAGCGUCACCUUGUCUCUUUCUUUGGCCAAAGUUAUCUGGAUUAUCGCGAGCGCGUUCCUGUUCGGAUCCCCUUCAUUCCGUGAAGGAUGUUGGAAC